GGAGCUUCUGUUUAAUAGUUCAGUAUCAAUAUCAGCUACUAUGUUAUUUUAAUGUAUUAGUGAUAUACAUGCUGAACCAUAUCACUGUUUUAAAAACUUAUUUUAAGUAGACAUGCAACUGGGUGUGAUCACACAGAUAUUGACUAUAUUGAUCAAUAUGUAAAAAAUGUCUAAUUUAUUAUUUAAGGCUCGAUUCUCGUCAAAACCGCAGAUGGCGACUCGGUCGAUGCCUGUCCGGCUUCUCCGGCGAGGGCAGGCUGAACAGUCGGGGCGCCAGAAUCAAAAUCUGAUUAAUUUUUUUGUCGUUUACUUGCCUUCGUAGUAAAACUAAAAUUAUCUUAGACGAGAAAAUGUAGAUUUAGUUGACGCAGGUUGGAAAGCGUCAUACCGUGAUAGGGAUUAGAUCAUGGGCUUAUCGUUGCACUAGGACACUAACAAAUAAUUUGACACAGCUGGGUGUCCGCCGGUACAGCACUGUAGUGGUCAGGUGCUUUUGGCGGUAUGAUCGGCCGGUGUCGGUCCAGCAAGAACCAGCAGCACUUGUAGAUCAUGUAGGAUUUGUCUCUACGGGUGGGAGGGGUCUGUUAUGUCGUCCGUCUGAUUUCAUACUUAUAGCCCCGACAGUCUGGCCCAAUCUAGCUUGACGCUGGGGGAAAAUAACACCAAAUACAUUGAGUUAUUAGACGAGGGAAGCAGCUCAAAAUGAAAUGAAAAGAGCUAUCGACGGCGCCGGCAUCACCGAACGGGGAUAGCGGGACGAUUGUAUUCCAUGUCGGUAUAAGCAGAUCAGAAGAUCCUUAUUUGCGGUUUUCUUACGCUGUGCGUCAUUUGAUAAGCUUUUUAAAUAGUUAAGGAUUUACACAGCUGUUAAACGUGGUUUUGUGUUCAAUCUUUUAUAACGACUGGACUUGAAACUGUCGCUAAAGUAAAACUUUACGGUGGCGUUUUAAAGACGAACAGGGCGUUUUUAAUAGGCGCCGCAGCGCAAAGUACACGCGAGUGAGCCGCGAUGGGCGUGGGGAGCGGUCAAGUCCGGCUCACGUGGUUAAAGAAUAAGCGGCGCUUUUGCAGGCGACAGGGCGGCUGUGGCGGCUUUUCUGUGCGGGUGGAAGACACAGAUCGCGACAACGCUUAGUUGUAAUGAAAUAGGAAAGCAAUAAUCAACGGUUUGGCCAUUUUCAUUUUGUCCCGGGGGUGCUCAAAACGGGAACUCUUUGAAUAUGACCAGAAAUAGUCCAGCCAUGGCAGAGCCAAGCAGGCCUCAGAGAAAGAUGUCUACUAUGGGGGACAGCCUGUAUAAGACUCUAGGCCUGGAGAAGGGAGCAUCUGCAGAAGACAUCAAAAGAGCUUACAGGAAACUAGCGCUGAAAUAUCACCCUGACAAGAACCCAGACAACCCUGAAGCGGCGGAGAAGUUCAAGGAAAUCAACAACGCCAACUCCAUCCUGACCGAUGAGACCAAGCGCAAAAUCUAUGAUGAGUAUGGCUCCAUGGGGCUCUACGUGUCGGAGCAGUUUGGCGAGGAGAGCGUCAAGUACUACUUCCUCAUGUCCAAGUGGUGGUUUAAGACUCUGGCGGUGUGCUGCAGUUUCAUUACCUGCUGCUGCUGUUGCUGUUGCUGCUGUUUCUGCUGCGGCCGCUGCAAGCCCCCAGAGGAUGAAGAAAACUACCAGUACGUGGACCCCGAGGACCUGGAGGCGCAGAUCCGGGCCGAGCAGGAUGGAGGUAGAAGCACCCCCAUUGUGAUCCAGCCCCAUUCCACCAGCAGCACCUCCGAUCCUGUCCAGAACGCCAGCGGCCAGCCUGUUUCCGAAACCCCGAAGUAGGCCGACCAAUUGGAGACCGGCGGCCUGUUGGGAAGCCCUCCCACAACGUGACUGUGAGAACCUCGGCACCCCCUUGUGGCCGUGUAUCAUCAUCUUCGGGACGGCAACAAUGAACAAUAUCGGCCUCUUCCGCUAUCGGCUUCCUUCCCCCUCACAGUACACCCAUGUUGUGAUUAUUUUAAUUUCUUUUUCUGGAUGAAGGAGGAGCCGUUCUGCCAACAAAGUGCUGGGACCCUCAGUGCCGCGUUCAUCUCCCUCAUCACCAGCCAACAAGCCUGUUUCCACUGUAGCACUGCGGCCCGAGGGUCCCGGAGCACUGCGAUCCAGCACGCACAUCCAGGGGCGGGGGGCGGGGGGGGGUUCCUGUUUGUCAGCUUGCAUGCCAAUGUUGGACUGCACUUAUCCUCCAACACACAGACACACGCACUUUCCCUGUUGCCAUGGAACAGAGCCCAUGCCGGAUCAGUCCCUCAGCCAGACCAGCCAGGAGGAUCAGUCCCAGACGUUGCCAGAAGAGGGCCCUUUACCUAUAGGCUCAUUCGCUGACUGAAAUUUCACCCGCCUUGUUCAUUUACAUCCAUGUUCAUUUAAUCUCCCUUUUUAUGCCAAUGAGGUGGGUUUUUUUGCCUAACAAAAUAUUCAUUUUAUGCUGUAGGUUUAUUGUAUGUUCUGAAUGUAAUAAAUAAUUUCCAAAGUCCGAAGAUUUGAUUGAGUGGAAAUCUGAGCCCAUUCCUCGCCCCUGUGCACGUAGCCAUUGUCGCAUGCCUGGCCGAUGUCGAUGUGGGCGUUACCCCGAAAUCCCGAUUGUACUGCGCAUGGGUAGAAGUCUGCGCUGCCCCGUAGGCCUGGGGAGUCCGAUCCUUGCCUAGCAGAGCCGGUUUCACCUCAAUCCCCUACUAUCGAAUAGCGACUCCAGCAGGCUGGAUCAAGGACAGGUCCAUCCCCAGCUAAGCACGACAGCCUUGGGACAUUUCUUUUGGGAUCCAGUUAGAUGAUGGAAGGUGAGGCUCUGUGGCAGUGUUGGAAAGACCUGCAGAGGUCCAUUUCACCGCCAGUGGACUGGUUCAGCGUACUGCUACUGGGGUAACAGCUACUGGGGUAACAGCCGCUGACUGCUGGACUGGUUACUGACUGGAAAACACUGUCGCUCUAGCACUGGUGGUUGCCCUGGGUUUUAUCGCGACUCCUGUCCUCGUUUCAUCAAAUGAUCACUCAUGUGAUGAUUAUAAUUGUUGCUCUUGUUGUUGUAAUAUUGAUAGAUGCCAAAUCGGGUGGUACGAUGCACUAAACCAUGUGGUGAGUUGACAUGUAAAGGUGUAGGAUUGGUGUCAUGGUAUUGGCUGUUUGUCUCCCCCCUCACCCAACUUUGUACCAUGUUUACCGUCUCCCUCUUAUCCUCACUGGGUGAGCUCAGUGGUCAGCUGGCCUCUCAUCCUAGGGGGGGAGGUUUAGCUGCAGCAAGGCUGUAGAAAAGGCAGGUGUCUGAGGCCAGGUCCGUGGGGUGGAUGCGCUCUGUGCUCUAUGCGCUGGUCUGACAGCCUCUCAUUCUCGGAGCCUUCACCUCUGUAUGUGUUUAUUUGCCCUUGUGGGAAAUCGCCCCCAAAGCUGUCUGACGCAUGCGUUAUUUUUAAAGGGCGCGUUCAGCUCGAGACGUUCAUGCAUGCUCUGCUCGUAGGGUCUGAAUGUUUUGUUUUUUUUUUUGCAAGUGGGAAAAACUCCCCACUGAUUUAUACCGUCAAUCUUCAGCACUGUGUAAAUAUUUGUGACAGUAGUCCUUAAUAAACGUGAUAUGCAAACGUAUCAGUGAGGAAUUACCAUUUAUGCAAAUGUUUUAUGAAUGUGUCAAUUUUAAUACUAUGGUUUUUUUUUGUGUAUUUUUUUAAAAUAAAAGGUUGUUUAAGCGUUUUGAAAGCGUUGACCAUAGUCAUACGUGGUCAGCUUGGCUAACCUGAUAGGCUAACAGCCCUAGGGGGUGGUUCCAGCCACACUAGUCUGGCCAGUAAGAAGCCUCCGUGUAGAUGCCCGCCUUUUCACACUGCAGGCAUGGUCCCCAAACACCAUUCCUCCACUUAUCCUGUGAGGAGAGACUGUACUACUUUUGUUCUCCCAAUUUUUAACCUGUUUUUAAGUUUUUAUCCAGUUUUCAUUAUUUACAAAAUGUUCCUUAAUGUAAAUGUUGUAUAUCAGUUCAUGAAUAAACGGUUGGGCAGGGUUA